AUGAACUUCGGCAGGGAGGUGGCCCGACAGACCAGUUGUUACACUUAUGUGAUAGAGGAUGAAGAUCCAGCCCUGGCAAGCCUUAAUAUAUUUGAGGUGAGGCUGUCACCAAACUCAACGGCAAAUCGCACAAUUUUAGAAAUGGGGUGCAUUUUAAGGUGAAUGGAUAAAUAUCAAACCAUAAAAGUCCGACAUGAAGCAUUUUAAGAGGUUUUUUGGGGGGAUUUGACCAGUGUUUAUGUAACAUCCAAUCUGUAAUCCCACCUUGUGUAACCUGGGGUCAUUUUAAAAGCUGAACAGAAACACUCGUAUUGUGUAAUAAUCUUACGUGAGUCACACAGUAUUUAAAUUCAGGGGCCAAUGGACGUUAUGUCAUACAUGUUGUCAACACAGGCUUAAAACCUGCUAUCAUGUAAAUGAAACAGAGAAGUUAAGACUACAAUCGUAACACCAUCUUCCUCUGUUAUGUGACCUCCUAUGACCACCUAGCUGGCCGAGAAGGGUGACCUGGCUCACCUGGAGAACCUGGUGAGGAAGAAUCCAGAGGUCCUGAGUGAGAAAGAUGAGCUGGGAGCCAGUCCCCUUCAUCACGCCGCCGCAGGGGGCUACAUCACCCUCAUCCACUUCAUCAGCACUGUCAUCGACUCAGAGGGUAGGCACGUCACGGUCAUCCAUCAUAACAUACACUUGGAAAUUAUGUAUAUUGUGAAUCAAUAUAUAACUAAAUAUAUAGGUGCAUUUUUGGUAAUAAUAGACAGAGGUUUCUUUAUAGAAAAUCUGUAAUCUGAGUUGUUUGUGUGUCUUUCCAGAGAGGAACAGCUGUGAUGAUCAUGGCAACAUGCCGCUACACUGGGCUGUGGAGAAGAACAAGCCAGAGAGCUGCAGGGCUCUGCUGGAUCUGGGGGCAGACCCCAACGUCCUGAACACGGCCCUCCUGUCCCCUCUGCACCUGGCUGUCAGCCUGGGACACAACAACCUGGUGGAGGUGGGGAUGCUGGAAAGAACAAUUUAUAUGAAGUGGAUUUACUCCUGAAGGUUACUGCAGAUGCACAAGAGAGUUUGAAACACAGGGAUCAUUGUUUUAAGGUAGAUCAGCAGUCAAAGUUUACCUCAGUUCACAACGUCAUGCAAAGUGUUAGAGCAGCACUGAAAAAACAGCGAACAUGAGCACUGUGAUGGUUUUUACAGCUAAUACUUAAAUAGUAGAAUAUACAGUUCAGGACUUUAGGUUUAAAGGACUUAAAUAAAAAAGGAAAGAGGGUGAUGAAUAUUGUAGCUUUUUAGUAUCCUGAAUGGAUGGUUAGCUGUUUUGCAGACCGGCAGAUGGUUUUUGACAUUUUUAUCACAAAUUUCACUCCCAUUUCAUAUCUAAGUUUGUGAGAUGAUCCAGAAAAUUGCAGAGUUGCUUGAUAGAAGCAGAUUUUAGCACCAUGGAGGCUUGUUUGCUCAUCCACGAACCAAAUGAGACUGAUACAAAUUAUUUUGGUGGAUGAGCCUGACAGCAAAAAGCAGCAGGCUUUUUUUGUUUUAUUUGGAGAUUUUGGAAUUGCUUCUCAGUGAAUGAGAGAUUUCUUAGGUAAAAAGUUAGUAAUUAUUUCUAUUUUAAGAUAUUCUUUUUGAAGAAAUGACACUGACUUUCUGUGAUUUUGCUGAAUGUUGCAUUGGUACAUUUUUUUUAUUAGAAAAUAGGCACUGCCAGCACGAUAAAUGGUUUAAAAGAAUACAAGGAAUACACAAACACUUAAAUGAACACAAAAUACACAUUGGAGGCAGGCUUUUUUGCCUAAUUUUCAUGGUGCACCUUGUUUACAGACAACAUGCAUUGUGAUGAUAGUGUGUCCCUUAUUUUCAUACAUUCCCAAUCAUUCACCUGUACAGCCUACACACCUGACACCACCAAAGUUGGUGAGGGUUCAGUGUUUAGGCUGUAAGGCAAAGACUGGCACUGGACCGUUGUCAUUCAGUUUAACAGUGAAUAACUUUCUCCAGACACACUUUAGCUAAUCUAAUUUAAAAUACGUAAUGAGUGGCGAUGUAAAAUUGCAAUUAUUUCCUUAUUCUCACCUCUAGUUUAAAAGGAAAUGGUUAGCCCUCUGUAAAAGAAAUAAGAAAUAUCAAUGCAACCCACAAAUCUAAUCUUCAUUAGUGCAUGGACUUUGUCAAUUUGAGCAGCAGCUUUCUUGCAAAGUCAACAAACAACUGUUCACACAUCUGAGAUAAAAAAAAAAAAAAACCCUGACUCAACUGUCUUCUUGGAAAGACCUUGUCCUGUCAUCCCUGUGGCAUUUGGCUGUUGUCCACCGACUGACACAGUAAAAGUAUGUGGGAGGAUAAAGGAGGCACAGGGUGUAUGUUAAAAAGAGUUAAGGACAGAUGGAGGAGGCUAACUGUUUAAGUUUUUAUCGUCCCCCCCUCCCUGCAGCUGCUGCUGACCUACAACACUACAGACUGUAAUCUUCAGGGAGACCUUGGGAACACCCCGCUGAUUCUGGCCUGCUCCAUCAAUAACUGCGAGGCUCUCAACAUGUUGGUAUGCACAAAAGUGAAGCUUUCACACACAUAUAUCCUUUCUGUUUACCUGCAGCAGCCUGUAAAGGAUAACUGUCCAGCUGUACAGGACAGAUUAUGUCGCUGUUUUUUAUUCUGACUGCCAGCCCUCUGCAGCUUUGUCUCUGACAAAGAAUCGUCUCUGUUUGUCUUUCUUUCCAUCCAUUCUCCUCUCUGUCAAAGAUAGCGCAUGGAGCGCGCCUCUGCCAGCAGAACAAGCUCGGCCAUUUCCCCAUCCAUGCAGCUUCCUUCGCAGGUGCAAAGAAAGCCAUGGAGGUGAUCUUGAAAGCCGGUACGACAACAAUGAAUCUGUCAUAAAAACGGAAAGUGCUGAUAAAAAUGAGAAAAACUACAACAAGGUCAUGCAGCAUAUUACACUGAUAGAUAACAAGAGAGUUUACCUCGGCCCCCCUGAGAGCUGAAAAGUGCUUGUGAUUCCUCACAUACAGGCCAGAUGCCACAGACUGACAGUGUGUUUAUCCACAGUGGGAGGUCUGUUUGGUAAAUGUUGUGUUUUGGAGGAAGGUUUCGCCAGAGCACAAAAAUAUUUGGAAUAAUUCUGUAAUUACUCAGUAAGGACAUUAAUGCAGAGCCCACCAUGACAGGACACAAUUACUCAUGACUUCCUUUCACAAAGAAAAUCACCUCGAAGAUCUCUCAGAGUAAUGUAGUCCACAGCGGGACGGGUUCUUGUGCUGGUUUAAGGGAAUUACUGACAAUAUAACUUCACUCACCAUUGCUCCUCCACCUGCCAAUCAGUGCACUCUUAGAGCUGUCAAUCAUGUGAUCAAAAAUUAUCCAGAAUAAUGAACACUGGGACAUCAAUGAGAAUAAUAACUACGUAUAAAGACAGAGUCUGUUUUUUGAUUUUAAAGUUUCUUUCAUGUUUCAUCUGUUUACAUGGAGGAGGCGUGAUUUAUGACCAAAACUGCUGCCAGUCAGUUAAAGGAGCUCCAAAUGUUUGGGUGUCACUUUCUGGUAGCCAUCAUGUCAUCCAUCUUUUUGGACUAAUACACUCGGAGAGUGUCACUUUUGAUAAUAAUCUGUAUAAAGUUGAUUCUUCAAGACUGUUUACUUGAUUUUCUGCUUCCAGGUGAUAAGGUGGGCCACCAGAUUGAAGGACACAUCAACUACUUAGACAAGUCCAACAGCAGCCCACUUCAUCUGGCUGUACGUGGCGGAAAUAUCGACGCCAUCCGACUGUGCAUCACCAUGGGGGCCAGAAUUGACCAGCAACAGGUACUAACAAAAACAUACUAGUUUCUUCCCCUGUAAUGUUGGUUGUUUGGGGGAGAAACUGAUAAAGAGAGAGAAAAAGAUGUGGCUCACAUCGGGUAGCUGCUUGGUACGUCAUUCAGCUUAUCACCUAAUGAGUCUCUCUUGUCAUCUCAGCCAUUACUGUUGAUCUUUUAUCGCGUAUUUAAAGUAAAGCCCUGAAAAGUGUCUGAGACACCCAGAGGCUUCAGCAGCAGCACCAGCAGACCGCAAACUGCUUGCAUCCUGAAUCAAAAAAGACAAACCAGUCAAAUCUCUACACAUGUUGGGAUUGUCAACGCUGGCAGACCUUUAUUUGUUUGUCACCACUGCUUUCCCUAUCGCUCUUAACAUAGUUUUACUUCUUCUGCUCACAACUUCUGCAAAUAAUGUGCCAUCUGUCCAUACGCGCUUUGUCACAUUUGCAUCCUUUUAUUUGUCACAAUCCUAUUUGCCUACACCUGUUAGACAUUUCCCAUUUGGCUCAGUAGAGACAAGGGUCCCCAUCUCCACUGUUGGAGAUUGACGUCAGUCUUAUCACGCCCAUCUGGCGAUGAUGGUUCUGUCCACGCCUGGGGUAGCGGUCAGAGCUGCAGCAGCAGUAGUUACUACAGUAAUGGCUUCCGAUGCCUAAAUUGAUACAAAUUACCUCCACUUACACACUGAAGCUGAGUGGAGCGAUCACUCCCCAGUCCUGGUUAUCUCUCAGGCUUGUGUUACAGCCCCCUGUGAUCAGCCUCGGAGCUGCUAAUGUUACACUGGGGAAGUGUACAGUAUGUUUGUGUGUAAGUGAGUACCAUUAGUGCCUUUGUGCAUGCUAAGUCAUUCUCUCUGGCUCAGUCUGUCAAAGUGUCUUUGUGUGAAGCAGACAUAAUCACGUUUGGAGAGCUUGUGAAUAUUCAUGAUUUUUAUUCAUAAUUCAUUCCUCGUAAUUGUUCCGUGUUUGUUGAAUGCAGAAUGACAGGUCCACGCCGCUUCAUUUGGCCUGUACCCAGGGUGCUACUGAGGUAGUCAAACUGAUGUUGUCCUCUAUUGACCGAGUGGAAGAUGUCAUUAACCUCGCUGAUGGGGCGCAUCAGACCCCUCUGCACAGGUGAGCUCACUCUGUCAAUCCACCACCAGUCUUUAAAUUGUUCACUGAGUGUGUUUAUUGUAGUCAAUUGAUAGUGCUCUCCUGAUUAUAUCACCUCUCUGUUUUUGUGGAUAAUGAAAUGGGUUUGUCUGUGGCUCCAUUUAGGUUUCUCUACUAGAUUUAAAAAAGCAUUAAAAAUGCCUCUAGUGGGGCUUACUUUCCUUCCUUUCACUAAUAAGAUCCAUGCAGUUGAUUGCUGUAUGUGGGGCUAUUUCACAGCUGGAUCGGUAUCAAACUGUGACUGUGUGUUUUAUCAUUAUUGCUUGGUGACCAGUGUUAACUUCAGCAGCCUAAGUCACUCAGCAUGUAACCUGCUAUAAAACCAAAUACUAUCACUGUUAAUAUUUUAUUGUAGAAAUGAUAUUAACAAUGUCAUAUUGGUGUGAGUUUCUCCCUGGGAAGACAAUCAGGUUCAUUUCAACCCUCGAUGGCUGAAGUUUGAUUCAAAUAUGAUCUAGUUAAAAAAAAGAUAAAUUCCAUAGGAUGCGGUUAAACCAAAUCUUAAUAUCAAUCAAUAAUUGAAUUGAAUAGUUAAAUUUAUUCAAUAUAACUGAAUAAAUAAUAAAAGACAUUGUUUUUAAAAAAAAAGAAAAACAUAAAAACGUUUGUUCUCUUCUUAGAACCUCUCUCUGAAUGUCACAUACAUGGCGUUUGAGCACCCUUUUGCCACUUUCCCUUCAAUUAGAAGCUACUUUCCAUGACACUUUCGGCUACUCAGAUAUUACCGCAAAAACCAACACUCCAAAUAUUCCAGUACAGCUGCAAUAAAACGGGCUGUUGUUGUGAUACUGCACACUAAAUGUUGUGACUGGAAAUGAUGGGCUAGUGGCUGCCUCUACUGCUAGAUGUUGGAUGUCAAUCACAUUGUGGAUCACCCCGUAGCGCACCUGGCAGUCUUUGUGAAAGUUAAAAGGUCAUCGUCUAAGAGAGAUUAAAGCCAGCUAAACAGGGCACAGAAAUAACUUAGCAAAACCUCAGCCAAACAGAUCAUAGCUAUGUAACUGGCCCAUCAUCAUCGUCAGAUUUUUGUACAUUAACCGGUCAAGACUGGUAGAUACUCACACCCCUGUGAGUUAGCUACUAGACUGAGAAUUCAAUAUGACUUUGGCCUUUCUGCUACUGCUAAUGAAUCUGGUUACUCAAACAAAUGUUUAUUCUGAAACAGCAGCAUUCAACAAAUACCCAAGCAGUCUUCACUGUUUAAUGGUGUAAAACUGGAGUGGAAAUGUGGCUAAUGAGGCCAAUCAGAGCAGCAAACACUUGGCAUAGCAGACACAUGCCACUGCAGAGAAGCAUAUUACAUACUGCAAGCUUGACAGGCACUAGUUCUAUAUGUUAGCAGUUAGCUUCAACUUUAUUUCAGUACAUAGACAAGUUAUUAUUCUGACCAUUUGUAUGUGAUGUAAACCGAACAAACAGUGACCCCCAUUAAGUUUUCUCAAGGUUUGCUGUAUUUCUCCUCAAAAAGUACUGAUUGGUGUGAGCAUGGAGCCUGGCUAUUUUGGUAAACUCACCGGCCAGUUACUGCCUGGAUGACAACAUGAAAAGAAACCUUGCCAAGCUUCCAGCACUACAUUUUUCACAAAGACAUGAACAUUUCAAACAGUGCCCUGUGGUUAUACCAUCCAGCCUGAGUAAUUUCACGCUCAUAAUGUAGGAAAUAAAAUGUUUGGAAUUUAAUACAGUAUUUAUAAAAUGUUAUGGUUCCAUUUUAACUUCCAGUCAUAUAUCUGAAAUAGCUUUGGUCUCUCUGAACUAGUUGCUCAUGCUGUAAAAAGACCAAUCCAUCUGCAUAAUAUCAAUACUGUGACAAACAAGAGGGACACAGAUAUAAAACCCUUGGGUAUGACUAGCCGAAUAAUGACUUUUUAAUUAGGCACCAACUAAUGAUAUGAAUACAAACGUAAGCUCUGCUUCCAACUAUGGUUUUAUCUGAGAGCUAUUUGUGUUGGCUGAGACAGCAGCUGAGUAAAACUGAUAUGAGACAAAAGGGAGAGAGGAUGGAGCCCUGUUUACUUUACUUUAAACAGCGAUGCUUCGGUCUCCAGCUUCAUUUGUGAAUUUUAUAUCUGAGCUUUUAAAGCAGAUUAUCAUUCAGACACGGAAACCGGCUUUAAAUUGAAUCUUUAUUUUUGUGAAGAAUGUAAAAACGGUAGCUGUGAUCAAACUUUGUAUGAAUGCCAUGAGCCAGAGCAGUUGAAAUGAUAAAAGAUGUAACCAAAGGGAAGAAAUGCCAGCUUGUAUUAUCAUGCUCUGACUGGGCAGACUUAGAAUUGGAUCGUUUUAAUUGAACAUUUGACCGUACUUGAAACCCCGGCUUACAAUCACAUGUUGUGCGGCUGGUUUUACAACAACUGUGUUUACUUUUCCAGGGCUACAAUAUUUGACCACGCUGAGCUGGCAGAGUACCUAAUUUCAUUGGUAAAUAAGCCAAACACACAACACACUCUCACAAACACACCCUGCAGCUGUCAUGCACAUGGCAUUUCCAGCUUUAAUAUCACGCACUAUGUUAUCGAUCUAUUACCAUGAGUUCAAGAUCUACAUCUAAAAAAUAUUUGCAGUUUUAGACACACCUUUGGGCUUGAUAACUGUCCUUGGCUUAUAGACCAUCUGCUGUAAGUCAUAGAUCAUAAUAAGGUAAUCAUGUUGGUAGAAAGAAACAUGGAGUCAAAGAUUAACCUCUUGUCAUCUCAUUAAGUUAGUGAGGGGGAAUAAAUUGUUGUAUUUAAUUAAAAAUGAUCUCACAAACAGACUAAUUUGUUGCUAAAUCUUGUUGUCAGGAAGUUAAAGUUAGCAUACUCAUCAGCUGAUGUUUCUUACACUGUACUCUAAAUGUUAUUUUAAGAUAAGAGUGUCAUUUUGUGUCCUUAUAUAACCCUCUCUAGCAGAUUAACUCACAGUAUUGUUCACGUAUUCAAACAUUUAGCUAGUUAGCGUAACACGAGUUUGGGUAGCAUCAACUGAGGUUGCUUACAGGGAUUCAAACCAUAUCAAAGUUAAUUAAAACAAAUGUUAGUAAUAUAUUAACUAUAUUACUAAGAUAAGAGUGUCAUUUUGUGUCCCUAUAUCACCCUCUUUAGCGGCUUAGCUCACAGUCUUGUUCACAUAUUCAAACAUUUAACUUGUUAGCACAACACGAGUUUGGGUAGCAUUAGCUGAGGUUGCUCACAGGGAUUCAAACCAUAUCAAAGUUAAUUCACAACAAAUUUUAGUAGUAAUAUAUUAACUGUAUUACUUGAUAAGAGUGUCAUUUUGUGUCCUUAUAUCACCCUCUUUAGCGGCUUAGCUCACAGUCAUGUUCACAUAUUCAAACAUUUAGCUAGUUAGCACAACACGAGUUUGGGUAGCAUUAGCUGAGGUUGCUUACAGGAAUUCAAACCAUAUCAAAGUUAAUUAAAACAAAUUUUUAGUCAUAUAUUAACUAUUAAAAACCCAUGUUGUUGAUGCAUGUUCUCAGGCUGGUUAUACAUUGCACUCCAAUUGUAAUUCUCUGUAUCUGGCGACAAACACCAGAAGCACUCAGAAUGUUUCUGGUGUUCUGUCGAUUCAGGUUUGUCGAACAUGUGAUUUACAAUGCAGAGUUUUACACAGAUGCUGCUCAUUUUCUCAUGGUUUGAUGUAUAUGAAAUCAAUAAAGGUGUGUGUGUUCAAACUGAAGGGCUUUUCCCUCCUCAGGGUGCAAACCUGAACUGCAUUGAUUGUAAAGGGAACUCUCCCUUGCUGCUUGCUACUAGCUGUGGUGCAUGGAAAACAGUGACUUUACUGCUAACAAAAGGUGAGCCACUUGCUGCACUUCACUAUUAACAAUGCUCUAAAAGUGUCUAAACUGCUUGACAAUGUUGGGGUUGUUUUGUUGCUUAGGGGCAGAUAUAAAUGAGAAAGACAGACGUGGUUGUAACUUCCUUCACCUGGCCAUCCUGCAGCCUAAAGGACUGAAAAACCUCCCAGAAGAAGUCCUCCAGGUAAAUCACUGUUGCCUGUUUGUGACUCAUUAAACUCACUGCGUCCCGCUAAGUUGUAGAAAUCAUUAAGCAUUGAAUUUAAUAGCAGCACUGUCCUUGAUCAAUUAGCCCUGAGCUGAGUUUCACACUAUCAAGGCCGGCUGAUGAAGCUCAUUAUACUCUCUCUAAGCCAGAUGAUCCUUUGAAACAUUAUCAAUUUUACCUAAAGCUACAGUGAUGCCUUUAAAAUGAGGCACACAGGAUGUCUGAUAUUUGCAUUGGGUAUAAAAUCCACACAUCUAUGAUCUAAUAUUAUUACCCCACAUUAUUAUUCAUAUAAUCUCCGUGGGUGUGUAUAGCUCUAGUCAUAGUUGCAUAAGACGUUCUCUUUCUGCUGCACCACUGCUGCAGCAUACCUUAAGUUUCUGCAUUUGUGCUUGGUUAGAUAUGCAUAUUACUGAAUAUUAUUAUGUAUGAAUACAUAAGUGCUUUGAUAUUUUGUCUGACUUCAGCAUAACAGCGUAAAGGCUUUGCUCAGCUGUGAGGAUAACGAGGGCUGCACACCGCUCCACUACGCGUGCAGACUUGGGAUCCAUGACUCAGUGAAGAACAUGCUGGGCCUCUCGGGGGAGGUCGGCCUCGCCUGCAAGUCCAAGGACAAGAAGUCUGCCCUGCACUUUGCUGCUCAGUGAGUUCGAUUGGUCCCAGAGGGCAUGACUUUCCAUAUCACUGGACUAAACAACUCUUAUUUGACCUGAUUUGUUUUUUUUUUGCUUAAAGUUAAACAAACUUUGUGAGUUUGAUCGAGAAAGUGCCAGCAGUAUCUCUAAUUUUGACAUUAACCAGAGAGAAAACCUUGCUUCUUCUUUAGUGAUUUCAUCGUUUUAUCUUAAAGCUAAACAAAAUAAGCUGCUCUGUCAUCAAAGCCAACGUGUCCUCUCUCAAAUCCUUACAUAUGCCAAUUUUUUUAAACUUUCGCACAAAUAGUCUACAAACUCAAAAAUCAUCCUGACGGCACUCAGCUUUCAACGAUUCAAGAAAUCCUGAGAGUCAAUAACCUGACAUACCAGAGUUUAUUUCAUUACAGUCUAUGAUUACAGUGCACCAUGGGGCGCAUGCCUCUUGUCUGCAGGGGCCCCAGCAGAGGGCGCUCAUUUUACACACAGGAUACCAGCCAGAAUUUCUUAUAGAAAGAGUUUCCACAUUAAUACCAAAAAUGGCAAAUGAUAACAAAUGGUGGCAAUUCCCAAUAAGUCUAAUCACUGACACUGCCACAUAAACACACAGUAAUCAGCAGUUUGCACAAGUUAAUAACUUGAUUGCACGUCAUAAUUAUCUUGUAUGAGAGGUAUUACCUUGUUCAAACAAAGUGGAGUUACGAGCGUUAUCGGACUCCGGGGCUCCAUGAUAUAUUUAUUUAAACGGCAGAAGAAAUUGCUAAUCAUAAACCAAUAUUUUAAAAAGGAAAACAUUGCCAGGUACACAUCUUCCCUCAUAUUUUCUAUGAAAUUCUGUCACUUUUUUGAGUUAGUCUGUGAAAAGUUGUAAGGAUUGAUCUGUGAUACCAUGAGGGAAUAAAACUUGAGUCAAAAAAGUCCUUUAGAGACCUUUAACGUCAGAUUUUUUCAAAACUGGACAACUUAUCUUUAUAAUUGGACAACAGAGGAAAAAUGAACACCUGGCUUUGUGUGAAACUGUUACCUGUCUUGUCUUGAUUCAGUGAUCUCUACUCAAAAGCCUUUUCAUGAUUUAUUGCAUGACAUAUCUAUUAUACAGCGACCCAAAAGGAAUUGUCACAAGAAUAGAAUUCAAUUAGUGAGGCACACGUAAAGAAGAGUAACUAAUAGUGUGAAAUGAGUGGACAUCCAACAUUAUUGUUAUUGAUUUUUCUCCCAUGAACGCCUCUUUCAUUAAAGCUGGAGGGCAAAUGAAUGCCAUGGUAUGAUAUCAUGCUUUAAUUCUUGCAGACAGCUCAUUCUCUUCCUCCACCAAUCCCACUGUACUGACACAAAGUGCUGCUGACCUCCUUAAAAGGUUCAAAGACAAUGAAAGAUCCCAGCACAAGCUCAUGUGUCAUCAAUUUGAUCUGGCUGUCUGCAACACCAUUAGUCAUUAACAUUCCCAAACACUUAAAACUAGAAUUUUACCACCAAGUUCAAGCCCUACAACAGCUAUCUAAAGUGUCUGAGCAACAUACUCAAUCGCCAAGAUGAAGUGAGCUGUAACUGCCCUCGGCCUCUCGCUCUGAUGUGCUGUGGGCCAUGCACAAAAAGCAUUUCCAUUUCAGAGAGCAACAGAUCAUAAGAGUGGGAAAGUUCCCUUUCAAAAGCUAAUGCUUCUCCUCAUCCUUCUCUUCAUUAAGAUAUGGGCGCAUCAAUACGUGUCACAGGUUACUGGAGACCAUCACGGACUCUCGCCUGCUAAAUGAAGGUGAUGAGCGGGGCCUGACUCCUCUUCAUCUGGCUUCAAGGGAGGGACACACUAAAGUGGUGCAGCUGCUGCUGCGCAAAGGAGCUCUCUUUCACAGGUAAACCCAAACUCAGAGGAAAAAAACAUGUGCAUACUGCACAACCAAACCUUCAAUGUUUAAACAUGCAAAAAAACACAGCACAUAAAGCUAUCAUCUACCCUGUUACAUGUACAGAUAAACCUUGAAGGAGGCUCUACUUUUGAUCUUCUGCUCUCAGGAUCACCAAAAGCCUUCUUGGGUGGCAUUGAGUGUAUUGUGCAGUGUUUAUAUUUAAAAAUUAGUUUGAUCAGAGACAUGUUUACAGGUAGUAACAAUGGAUGCAUCCUCAAAACUAGACGUUUUGCCACUUCUUCCAGUUUUCCUUAAAAUUAAAUAAGGUUUGAUUGUAAGCUUUGACUGUACGGCUGCUUUAAGGGAAAAAAAGCAUGGGGGAUUUUUGGGAAUAAAGUCACAAUAUUACAAUUUUACAAUAAAAUCAUAUUGUCGGAAGAGUAGAGUUGUAAUAUAAAGAUUAUAAAGUCAUAUAUUUAGGCUGUGGUUAUCUUGUACCUUACUUUGAAGGGUGACUUCAGCACUUGCAGCUAUUUUCUCCACAAAAGAGGCAAUUUCCUUCAAGUCAGAGCUGUUCAUUUCACAUAGAAGACUUCCUCAAUCUUUCCAGUCUUGGUACUCAUUGGGAGUUUUUUUUUUCCAAACCUAUGCUGAAUUAUGACUUCAUAAGAUGCCCGGGGUUCCUUAUUUUAGCACAGCUGCUUCUUUGAUAUCUCCUACAAAAUAAAACAGGCUUACUGUAGCCCAAAAAUGUAAAUGUUCUCUCACUAUUACGACCUCUUUCUUUAAAAAUGUCUCCAAGUUUGUUCUCAUAACAUUGUGUCAAAUCAUGUUUUAAGUAUGUUUACAUUUCUUUUAGUGAUUACAAGGGCUUGACUUGCCUGCACCAUGCAGCAGCAGCAGGAUACACACAAACUAUGGAGAUCCUCCUCUCAGCCAAUCCCAAGUUACUGGAUAAGACAGAUGAAGAUGGGGUAUGGAUGACAAUCAUUUCAAAUAACUUGAUCUCUAUUAACAGACUCUGUGAAAAUGCAGAGUCAGGUCUGGCUUUGAGACGAGAAAUCAGUAACCCUGACAAACAGCCAGUAUGGAGAGCAAAAGCAGGCGUAACGCAGUCUUGGCUCAAGUUAACUAUCUGCUGUUCCCCAGCUUUUUAGGCCACAUAAGAUACAUAAUCCACUUGAUUUCUAGUCUGCACACAAGCCCUUUAACAGUCUGAUAUUACUUUUACUCUAGUAGGCCAGAGUGAAGCUACUUUGACAAAGAGUUUACAGUGGAGCCAAGACUUAACAGAGACAGAUGAACAGGUGCUACUCUGGGGAUAAAAUCCACCAAAAAAUGAGGGGAUCUCUUCAACUGGUGAAUUUAGUUUUCCUUUGACCUAAAUAUGAUCACUUCUCAUUUUGCAAGCUGGACUGUUUACAAGGUAGAAAAAAGGCCUGGCUAGAAGUUGGUCAUCACUAACUGCGAGCUACAUUUUUCCUAGAGGAAUAUGUAAUUGCUAGGGGAUAGCUGAUGCCAAGAAUUUAAUAUUGUCUUAAUCAUUUAGUGAAUUUACUGUUAACGAUGCAGAGUUUCACAAGUUUUACAACUGAUGACUUUUAUUUUCCUCUUAUCACUAAUACACCAGAACACAGCUCUCCACCUUGCAGCAAAAGGGGGUCAUGUGGCUGCCGUCAGGCUCAUGCUUGGCCGCGGAGCAGAGUUGAUGCUAAACAAAAAUGAAACAUCAUUCCUCCAUGAAGCUGUGCAAAAUGGGAGAAAAGAUGUGGUCAACGCCAUAAUCGACAGCGACAGGUAUAAAACCGCGCCAGUGUCAGUGAAGAAGAGAUAAAUUCACCAAACAGCUCACACUACAGGCUGUUUUAUUUAUGGGUUGAUUUUAUGAGCCAUGUUAUAAUCUUGCAUUUCAAGGUUGCGCUGUGAAAACCAUGAAUCUUUAAAACAUCCACUACACCAUCCAAUGAUAUUUAAUGCAGUUCUUCUUUCUUACAGAUUAGGUGAAGCCCUGAGACUGUUUAUCCCCGGCUCCAGCCACCGAUGUGCCAUCCUCGAUAUGAUUGAGUUUCUUCCCGAAACCUGCAAGGUUUCAACUAGCAAAGGACAAAAUAUACUAGUCAUAAAUUUGUCCAAAUCUGUGCUCUCAGCAGUCUUUACUCUCUUUGCAUUCAAAUUGAAAAUAGCUUUUUGCAGCUCCUCUGUCAUUGUGUGUUUCUGCUUUUUUCACCAGCACCUACUGGACAGCUGUGUGAAGGAAUCUGAUGACGACCACAACAGCCAGAACUAUCAUGUAAUUCAGCUACAAGUUGCACAAUUAGAAAAACACUCUGAUCUCUAUUGUGCUUGGUGUCUUAACUUUGAUCAUUCUGUGUUUUUAGAUCGAGUAUGACUUUGGGUUCCUGCAGGCUCCUAUCAUCAUGUUGAAGGAGCACCCUGACACAAAGACUGCGCCGCUAGCUGCACUCAAUGUAAGCAACUUUAAUUCCCCCCAAACAGCUUUUUGGUACAAACAAUUUAACUGCAGGUGAUGAAGAUUCACUUUUCUGCCGUGAUAAAUAAAAACAAUUUAUUUGAUUUUUUAAAAAUGAUUACUUAUUUCUUUCCUUUUGUCGUCCCAAAAAUGAAGUUCAGAUUUUGAUUAAAGGACAAACACGUAAAAAUGUUUUGACUUUAUGCUGCAUUCCAGUUACCUCAGAAGUCGGAUAUCGGAGCAGGGAAUGACGUCACACCCGAGUUACCAGCGUUUCAGUUACCAAGUUGGAAAACCAAAAUGGACACCUAUAUUAGCGGUUGUCAGCUGUUGUUAGCCGUUGUCAGUUGUUUUUAGCUGCUGUUAGCUAUACCAGUUGUAAACAACGCAUAACACAGUAUUUUACUCUUACAAACACAAUAGCACCGUGUUCACAGUUAAAUGUUGGGCAAUACAACACAUACCACUUGUUUAAUUUCACAAAAACAAAGUGCUAAUAAAUAAUACAUUGCAAGGGCUUUCACUGUUACACUUCACUGUUGAUGCACUGCGCUGCCAUCUUAGAAUAUGACGUUGUCGUCAAGUUGGGGUUGGAGGAUCGUCCAAUUUUCCGAGUUGGAAAUGCAACUUCAGGGGGGCGUUCCAGAUGAAUUUCCGACUCAGACGCAGCAUUAAUCUCAGAAAACCAACCUUUUAUUAAUGCAGUCUGUGUUUGUCCGAACACUGCUUUGUUAAACAACUUGUCACAGUUCAAGAUUAUGGAGUGCUACUCUGGGGUGGCCACUCAGACUUCAGGGGCCAUGCCUCCUCAGGUCAUACCCUGUGCACACCCUUGCACUAUAGAAUAGAGAAAGGUGCAAACAAUACACCUGUCUCAUGUUUAUUCACACUGUGACACUUGCUGUAAUAGCAACCCAGUUAUAAUAGAUGUAAUCUGCAUGCAAAUGUUCACAGCUGUAAUUUGGCGACUGUUCUCAGCCUUAUUAACGCAGCUUCUUUUCGUACACAGUGGUAUUGAGUUAUUAUAUUUGUUACGAACACAAACAGCCGUCUCUGCCACCAUUUGUCAGGAAAUGCUCAUAGCAUGUUUGUGCCCGCUGAUGUCAUCUCACAUUAUGCUCGUGGAGAUCGAUAAGAUGCUUUCACAUUUAAAUCUUUUAAGCCCUGGCUGUCAGACUGCUUGUAGGGAAUGUGCCAUUAACAGCAGACGAUUUUUCUGUUUCUCUAUCUGCAGGCGAUGGUGCAGUACAACCGCAUUGAACUACUCAACCACCCCGUCUGCAAGAAAUACCUGGCCAUGAAGUGGUGUGUAUUUGUGAUUUAACCCUUUAGAGUGACAAGUCUGAUAUAUAUUGUUAAUCAAAGGUGUUCCAAUGUAAACCGCUCCGUCUCUUCUUUUGUUUGAACCCACAGGGUCGCCUAUGGAAGCAAAGCUCACGUGCUCAACAUGUUCCUUUACCUGUUAGGCAUUCUGCCCCUCACUCACCUGAUUGUGAAUCUGAGACCCACUCUGAACACCACGGUUACAGGCGACCACAACAUCAUCAUGGUGCCCAUUUCUUUCACUGAGGUACAAAUGACAGAGAUAAUCAGCACUGAAUCUUGAAGUUGUGUGUUUAUGUUACGAUUACUCGAAUGCCAGCACAAAGCAGCAACAAUUUUUUCAAAAGAAUCUGAAAAAAAUCUACUUCUUGCUACUCAAAGCAUCCUGCAUUCUCAAGGCUGAGACAAAUGGCAUACUUUGGUGUUCAUGAAUAAUAACCCCAUAAAAUAAGCAGUAAUCAACAUUCUCUGAGGAUUUAAAUCUUUUUUUUUUAACCACAGCAAAGUGUCCUCCUGUCCGUCUGCAUGGCAAUGGUCUUGAUCAUGAACAUCUACUCCAUCAUAAAGGAAUUGGUGCAGAUAGCCCAACAGGUACAGCACUCACGUGUCAUUACCUCAUAAGGAGCAGAAGCCCAUAAGUCUGUUCAGCAGCAGAGCAGGUCUGUGUGGCUGCAUAAGCAGUCAGCUGUGAUGAGUGGAGUCACCUCUUAAACGAACUCUUACUCUGAUCCACACUUGGGUUUUUAACACAAAAAAAGUUGGUUUAUCUGUUUUGUGUUUUUGCUGUUUUUCUCUUUCUGUCAAGCGUUCGAAUUACUUAAAGGAUUAUUCCAACCAAAGUGACUGGAUAUCGGCCAUUUUGUCCCUCAGUUUCAUCAUCCCUGUCAUACUCAAUGUACGGAGUUCCCUGCACUGGCAAGCAGGGGCAAUGGCAGUUUUGAACGCCUGGAUUGGAUUUCUUCUCUAUCUCCAGAGGUGCUGCCCAGAGUGCUGAAUUUCAAUAUAAUGUUUUUUUACAGUGUAGUGGCUGCUAACUGAUCUGACCUUCUGCUUCUCCAGGUUUGAGGGUGUCGGCAUUUACGUUGUGAUGUUUGGAGAGAUCAUGAGGACGCUGAUGCGUAUUGUGAUGCUGUUCGUUUACCUGCUCUUUGCAUUCGGUUUGGCUUUCCAUGCUCUCAUGCUCAAUCAGGUGAGAGAAAGAAAACAGUAAAAGAAAAUUGUACUACUAAAGUAUUUUAUAUGAGCCCCAGAGGCGCUUGUGGUUCUAAAUAUCACGUGAAAGAGAGACCGACAUAUUCUCAGUUUUGUCAGAAGUGUAAAACGUUGCUAGGAAGCUUGGUACUAACUAUUGAGGCGUUUUCUAAAUACAUUAAAGAAAACUCAGAGGGAAGGUUGGCAUGUUCGUGGGGGAAUCAAGCAACACUUGUGGUGCAUCUUAACAUCAAUUUCAUGUUGUAUAAUUUCCUACCAUUCCUUUAAAAACACUCUUGAUGAACAGUACAACUGUCCGGCUCUUAAAAGAUAAAUGUGGCUUCCUGUUUUGAAUCUUCAGAAAGAGUUUGACAAUGUGCCGCUCUCAGUGAUGCAAACCUUUGCCAUGAUGGUCGGAGAACUAAACUACCAAAAUAACUUCCUGGAGCCUUACCUGAAGAAGCAGCUGCCUUUUGGCCCGCUGACUUACUUUAUCUUUGUGAAUUUUGUUCUGCUCAUACCGAUCCUGCUGGUGAACCUGCUGGUAAGCACAUUUUUAUUCACUUUUUGUCCUUUUCUUCUCAUAUUGUCAUUUAUAAAAUAUUUUCAAACUUGCAUCUGAAUGGAGUGAGUCUCAUGUGUGUUUGCUUGUGUUGUAGAUUGGUUUGGCUGUUGGAGACAUUGCUGAGGUUCAGAGAAAUGCAGCUCUGAAAAGAAUAGCCAUGCAGGUAAGAAAUAACCCACCGAGCAGUUUUUGCUCUAAAAGAGGUCUAAUGGACGUCUAAAUGUAACCUAGACAACUGCUCUAAAAUCAGGCUACCACGGGUCUAAAAGUGACAGUUUUUUAGACUCAACUCAACUCAACCCAACUCAACUUUAUUUGUAAAGCACUUUAAAACAACCACAGCUGAACAAAGUGCUGUACAUAAAUAGACAAAACAACACAGACAUAAAAAACAAUCAAAAAACAAUUAAAACAAUGGAUAAAAUAAAAGCAGAUAUUAAAAAGUAACAUAUAGUUUCAAUGUUUUUAAAAACUAAAUUAAAAACAUAGAAACUAAAAACAAACCAUAAAACACUAAAACAGGAGCAGAGUCUCAUGCAGGGUUAAAAGCCAAUGAAUAAAAAUGGGUUUUAAGACAAAUUUUAAAAAUGGACAGUCUAAAUUUAGACCAAGUUUAGACUAAAUCUAAAUCUGGGCUAAAUCUAUACUACACUGUAUAUCAUAAUCAUAAUUAUUUUGGUUAAGUACUUGAAGAUCAGUAAUGCAACUUACAGUUGCUUUUUGAAAUAAGUAGUUAUCGAAUAAUGGGUGAAAGUGCAACAUCAAAAUUCUGUCUAAUUAUAUACAGAACCUAGACGGUUAACAUUAUACAUCUAAUCGCCGUCUAUUGCUCAGUGGGAAGUCAGUCUGUUACUGGAAAAAUAAUAAUGUGAAAAUGUGUCUAUCAAGUGACAGAGGCACAUGAAAAUAUCAGCCAGUAUAGUAAAAGUCUUCAAAAUUCACUUGCUCCUAAUCAAACAUAGUUUGUAAAUGAACUUCUUCAUUUCUAUUUAUGAUCGAAAAUUUACAUGUCUGAGCCUAGGUUGACCUCCACACCACUCUGGAAGACAAGCUUCCUUACUGGUUUUUGAAACGAGUUGACAAACCCUCCAUUGUUGUCUACCCCAACCGCAAGUGCCCCAAAGUAAGCUGCACCCCUUUUUAAAGAUAUAUAAUAAACUAAAUAAUGAUCUGUCAUUUUGAUUUAGUUGAAUUUCCCUCUGAUUCCCUGACAGCGAUUAUUUUGGUUCCUGCUCAUGGGUGAUGAGCCCACAGAGGAGGUGUGGAGUCGUGUGCGGGCCAAAUCUCAGAGCUGCUCUUUGUUACAAAAUGAACUUGUGAAGCAGAAGAACAGGUAAAGUUUAGGAGAGUACUCAUGAGAAACACAUCUAAGCUUGUUUUCAUAAAUAUAUGCUAUAUGUUAUUAGGGAUGUAAGAACUGUGGUGCAACAAACAUUUCAAUCAAAGUUUUUGAUACAGCAGCGGCCCCUGGUGGCAACAGAAAACCCAAGAGUAUGACAGGAGUGCUCUGACUCACUGUAUCUCUUUCUAUAAAAAGCACAUUGAAGCACUUAGCUCUCUAAAUGCCUGAUUGUAAAUCUACUCCAGUUUACUGUAAAGCUGCCUCUGGCGUGUUCCUCUUCAGGAUGAAGGAGAUGUCGAGCAUGAUGGAGAAGCAACAUGACCUCUUAAAGCUCAUCAUCCAGAAGAUGGAGAUCACCUCAGAGGCAGACGAGCACGACGGCCCCGCGAACGUCAAGAGCAGCAUGUGGCCGAGCCUGUGCCAAACUAAGCCGAGAGCGCAGACUGUGUCUCGCUGGGUCCCUCUGAUGAAGGCCAUCGAGACUAAGAGGAAAUGA